CUAACGGUAGUCUGUCGCUCAAAAAUUCAAUGAAAGCGUAGAGCUGGGUGUGCGUGAGUACACUGCAUUUACAGGACAUCCAUUGUACAUGCAUUCAGUGGAGAUCCAUUAUUUCAUCAUUGUCAUGCUUGUUGGAACAGAGCCAAACAUUGAACAAUGCCAUUGUCCCAUUGAACAAUGCCAUUAUUUCAUCAUUGUCAUGCUUGUUGGAACAGAGCCAAACAUUGAACAAUGCCAUUGUCCCAUUGAACAAUGCCAUUGUUGAGUUCUGCUGUACAGUAGGUGAGCACAGACUAUGAGCCAUUUGGGCCUUGGGAAUUUUGAACUAAUGGAUCAGCCAAGUCUGGGACAAUGAGAAAAAGUUCCAUUGAAGAAUUCCACUGUUGUAUCCUGCUGUACAGUUGACGACCACAGACUAGAUUCUAUAAGGACACUGGGCAGGCUAGUCACUUUGGCAAGUGUCGCAUGUUGUUGCGUCUUGCACGAUUUCUAGCCAAAAUACCCUAGAGCGUUAGGAUUAAGACAGCAGCAAUUAUUAAAAAACACUCUUGAACGUCCGUAUACUUGAUACAAAGAUGGGCGGUCCUGUUAAAAUUAUCAUCUGGGCGUCGCCCCGCACAUGCUCCACAGCUCUCCUCAAGUGCUUGAGCAGCCUCCCAAAUGCCAAGAUCUUUGAUGAGUUGUACAGUAUUGCAUAUCUAUUUGGGCCUGACCGACUGGAUCAGAGUCCGACCGGAGAGGAGCCUCAAGCUAGCCAGGCAGGACAGGGCAAGGGAUACGCCUUCCCGAGCUCUAUCUGUACCUACGAGUGGAUCAAGGAGACCCUCCAGCAGGAUUACCCUGGCGAACAGGUCAUCAUCUCCAAGGAGAUUGUUUACUGUCUCAACCAAAAGUAUGAUUGCCUCCCGGAGGGUUACCGCCAUGUCUUCCUGCUGCGACAUCCAAGUAAGGUCUUCCCCUCCUGGAAGAAGCUCACCUAUGAGGUUUCAAAGCAGUUCUCAGCUGAGGUUCCGGAAACUCUGGAUGAGUUUAUCUUUGAUCAGCAACCCCCGCACCUGCUGCCCCCUGGGAUGUCCUUCAAGGAGGCCUACGAUCUGUACCAAUACGUCAAGGAGAAGAAGCUGGAUGUCGAUCCAGUUAUCAUAGAUGCUGACGAUCUUGUCCAGAAUCCAGCAGCCAUCGUUUCAGCGAUGUGUGCCAAGCUGGGGAUCCCAUACACUGAGUCCCUCCUGACCUGGGACAAAGGCACAGACGUCCUGGACUCUUGGACUGUUGGCAUCGCGUUUAAAAAUAUCAUUCAACACUCUGAGGCCUAUAAAAACUUCCGGAACAGCACUAGCUUCCACCGCCCAGAGUUGGAGAAACAGGCUACCGCAAGGCCUGUAGAAUCAAGAGUCACCCCAGAUAUUGAGCGCUGUGUCAGCUUCAGCAUGCCGUUCUAUCAAGAAAUGUACGAGCAACGUUUGCAGGCCGACAAGAUUUAAGAUAUCCACUGGACUCCAUGCAUGAAUAGUUUAAUGCCACUUUCGAGCACUCGCAAGUGCUCCACAUUUUGUGAGUACACUGUUUCCUGCACGUACUGCACGAACUACGCACCACUUCUUUAAUAUUCUGUAUAGGUACACUAACAUUUUCACGGGAUCAUCAGGCGCCAUCGUCAAUGCAUGAUAGAGUCCCUCCCACUGGUCUCUCCCAACACUUUCUUCGUAACUGAUAAAAGUGUACUUGUGCAUGGAGCCCAUAUAAGUGUACAUUGAUAAAACUUUGGAUUUUCAACAGUCAAAUGAAAGCAGAUCAGAUUUUGGUUUCGACAGAGGUAAGGCCAUUUUCAUUUUCAGAAGGGUCCUUGCAUGAAAAAAAAAAUAACUCUAAAUAUCUGUCGGAAUAUUUCAGGAACGUUAAGACCAAGUUCAGAACAAUUGAGGAUAUUACUUUUGUGACUGCAAUAAUACCAAACCUGCAGAAACAUUACUGUGAGAUGUACAUGCUCAUUUCAAAAUUGUCUUGAUACAUGUAUAAAAUAUAUUACAUUUCUGUUUCAACUUUAGAGGUGUUAAUUUUCAUUUGGGGGUUUAAAAACAGAGUGACUCUAUGGGCAAUUUUUAAAUGGAAAUUUUAAAGUUUUUAAAGAACCAAAAAACCAUCAGCAGAUCGGCAGCAAGACAAAUUGUAACGUAAACUGAAACACAAAAUGCAUGUGUUCUGACGUCCGACAGUCACAUCAGUGAUUGCAAUUUCCACAUGGUACAACACAAUUUGAAGCAGGCACUAUCAUUUUUUAUACAAACAAACAAAUAUACUGUAAUAAUUGAUAAUAACAUUGAGGAAUACUCACAUUGUAUUGGAAUCGCUGGCGAACUAAAAAAAUUCCCCGCAUGCGCUUCGGAAAACAACACAUCAUCAUGCCCCGCUUUGGAAAGCAACACAUGCGCUAUGCACAUCCCGAUCUGUCUUGUCGGGGCCUCACUGACGGGCUUUGUGACAAUAAGUGCUGAUUGUGUUUGUCAUAAAAGCAAACAGUUCCCUUUUCAGUUCCAAUCUCUUCAGAUUUUUAAUUUCAACCAUGUUUGAAAAAACAGGUUUUUUUUUAAUAUUUCUGUUUCAACUUUAGAGAUGUUUGUUGUCAUUUUAGGGGGGGGGGGU